AUGACCGUCCGUCGCGGCGCCGGCGGCGGCGCGCGGCGGCGCCCCGGGCGCGUCCGCGCGAUCGCGACGCUCCUCGUCCUCGUCCUCCUCGCGCGCGUCGUCCCCGCGAUCGGCGCGGAGGCGGAGUCGGCACGAGAGGGCGCGACCGCGCGUCGCGCGUCUCGACGGAUGAACGACGCCGACGCGCGCGUCGACGUCGGCGCCGCCGCGCCGCGAUCGAAGGCGGCGACGCGCGCGAAGGGCGCGUCCUCGAAGGAAACGCGCGCGUCCGCACGAUCGUUCCUGCGCGACGGCGGCCACGACACCCCGCUCGUGAUCCCGAUGGAGGUGAACGUCGUCCUCGUCGGCAUGCGCGCGGACGGCGGCCUCGCGUACGCGCUCGACGAGGCGAAACUGAGGUCGUUUCUUCACGCGUCGUUCGCGUCGUUCCGUCCGUCGUCGAUGGCGACGGGGAAGGAGCUCGAGGUGGAGGUGGAGUUGAAGUAUAACGUUCAGCACGCGAGCGCGUCGCACGUCCGCGCGAUCGAGGGCGCGGUGCGAGCGGGGAUGCGUCGCGUCUCGGACGAGUCGCCGCCGCGCGAGUGGACCGAACGCGGCGGCGGCGGCGGCGCGGGCGGCGGAGCAUGGCGCGCGUACGAGGUGGAAGCCGCCGGCGACGUCGAGGACGCGAUCGCGAGGGUGUACGACGACCUGUUCGGUGACCCUAAACUCUCGCGCAGAGUCGAGCCCGUGGCGCUCUUCGUGGUGUCCCUGGACAAGCCGCGACUGGACCCGGGCGGCGGCGCCGCGUCCGCGUCGGCGUCGAGGAAACCCCCCGAGUCGCUCACGCCCGACGAGCUGCGCGAUUCCGAGGGCGGGUACGUGUACCGGUACCGGUACAUGGGCUCGGAGGGCGCGACCGCGGCGUGGUUGGGGAGAGGGCGGUACGCCGUGCUCGACUUGAGCGCGGGGCCGUGUUCGCUCGCGCGAAUCGGCGGCGGCGACGGCGAACGCUUCGACGGCGAUUCGACGGAGGACGCCGAGGGCGUCGCCGUGGGGUGGGCGCUUCCGCGGCUCGCGCCGACGUUCUUGCCGUACGCGAGGUACGCCGCGUCGACGCGCGGCGCGCACGACGUGGAGGACCUCAAGAAGCGACGCGACGCCGCGAUGUUCGGUCGCUUAUCCGCGCUCGUCGUGUCCGCGACGCGGCACCUCCUCGCGCCGGACGUCAAAGUAGAGACGCUGGAUCACGCGGAGAGGGUGUUCGUGCCCGUCGUCGCGCUGAGGGACCACGCGCGAUUCGCGCCGCUGCACGCGAGCGCGGGUGCGCGCGCGUUAGACCUCGAGACGUUGAAGGCGGAGGCGUCCAAGCUGCUGCAACCGAGGCAGAGCCUCUCCGUCGUGACCGGGACGCACAACCUCCACGAGCACGAACACCUCGCGGCGGCGGUGCUUCGCGCGCGGCGGACGCGCUCCGUGGCGGACCGAAGAAACGCGGGGGUCGGCCCCGGGCACGGGCACACGUACCACGCGAGCGCGCGAUCGCGCAUCGACGCCUCCGCGUUGUUGCGAGAGUUUCGCGCCUCCGCGGACCUGCUGACGUCCGGUCUCAUCGGCGCGGGGACGGACCCUUCCCCGGACGAGAACGACUUUUUGACCGAGGCGGCGCUCGCGACGUACGCCGGGACGUGGAACACCACCGCGCGCCGCGGGACGAGGAUCCUGCCGCUGUACCUCCUGAGCCUCUCCGGGUUACCCCCGGGGGUGUUACUCGACGGCGAGAGCCUCGUCGCCGCGGACGAGGACCUCGUGAUCGUGCUUCAGUCCGUCGGCGAGUCAACUUCCGACGCGUCCCCGGGCGCGGACGCGAAGGGCGCGUGGCGCCGCGACGCGGACGCGGAGCUCGAAGCCGCCGCCGCGGAGCUCGCCGCGGAGGCGGCGGAUCAGGCGGAUCGCCUGCCGCGCGACGACCCGAGACGAGCGUCGUUCGCCGCCGCCGCAUCAGCCGCCGCCGCGCGCGUCGCCGAGGCUGGCGCGGGGCACCGCGAGCACGUCCCGCUGCGGUUCACGUCCCAGGGGAGACCGGUUCUCGCGCGACCGGGGGAGCCGACGCGGCACGCCGUCGCGGGGCUCGCCGUCGCGCUGAGCGGGCUCGCGUCGCCGUCCGAGCGCUUCUCGCGGACGCGUUUCGCGCGCGUGGAGAAUUGGUUGUGGGCGGUCGGUCACCACCCGUUCGGACCGUUCACGAACUGCGCGACGCUGUCGGACGCGCUCGUGGACGUCGCGCGUCGGAACGCGAUCAUCUCGAGGCUAGACGCGUCGAUGCGCGCGGUUCGAAGCGCGCUGGAGGACGUCGAGGCGUUCGCGGAAGAGUACCUCUCCGAGCCGUUCGGAGACCUCGGCACGGCGCCGGCGGCGGACUCGGCGGCCUCGGCGUCCUCGGCGGCGUCGCCUCCCGCGCGUCGCGAACCGCGCGCGCGCGCGAACACGUGGCUCGACGCGCUGUACCGCGACCCGGACCGCGCCAACGUCCCCCCGCUGCCGCAGUCCGUCGUCGCCGCCGUCGAGGCGCGGAUGGAGACGUUCGAGGACGACUUCGCCGCCGUCGGCGCGACGUUGUACUCGCUGGAUCUCGAACGUGCGCACGAGAUGAGCACGUCGCUGCUCGUGGACGCGCGCGCGUUCGCGGCGUACGUCGCGGAGGAGACGUCGAAGGCGCGGGACGAUCUGAGCUGCUGCGGGGUGGAGUACGCGAGGACGGACGCGCGCGCGGCGGCGGCGGGGGAGGGGGGUGAGGGGGUCGGCGGCGCGGCGACGACGCUCGCGGUUUUUUUAGCCGCCGGCGCCGCGUGGUGGCGCGUGUUCGGCGCUCGCGGGGGACGCGCGGGGAGGUUCGGCGCGACGCGCGCGUCGAUGCCGGCGUUGAGGCGGCGCGGCGGGGGAGGAAAGCGCGUCGACUGAGGAGGACGUCGCUUCAAGUCGUUAAUAUUAGUCUGCGCUCGCGUCU